UUAAAGCUGCGUGUUUAUUUCUUCUACAAUUGUUUGUCGAUUUACCUUCUUAUUCUUAUAGUUUCAAUCCUAAUACGAUAGAUCUAUGAAAGGAAACCAAUCAAAUCAUAGUUAGAUAUUCAAAAGUUCUCAAUUUUUUUUUUUCAUAAUCCGAUUUAUUGGCCGCCGAUGGUGAAAUUGCGGCGGUGAGGAGCCGCCAUGCGUAUAAACGGCGAUUAUACGGCCGCCUAGGCCGAUUUUUAAAACAGGGAACGAAAGACAUCAGUGAACGCUGCAAGUGUCACAGAAAGAACACCGCCUCCCAACCUUCCACCUCCACCCCACCGCGCAGCCGGCCACCGUCGCCUCCGAUGAGUGUUCCUCCACCUCCGGCGGCCUCUUCUUCAGCUGCUACAGGAAGGAGUUUGAAAAGGAGGAAUGCAUCAAUCGGCCUGCCUUAGAUGAUUGGGAUGAGUAUGAUACUUUGUUCUAUAUGCUUGGCUAGGGGUAGAGCUUAAGCCUACUAGGGUUCUUGAUCGGGUUGUGACGAGACAAAUGGGAAUUGAGACUGCGGUUUUAGCUUUGUUGGAUAAGAUUGGUUUAGGGACCAUUGCAUAUAAGCAGUAUGAGAUGUAUCCAGAUCUUGUUUGUCAAUUUAUGGCUACAGUGGGUGUUUACUAUCAGAAUGAGCGAUUGAAGAAUGUGCAGGAAGGGAUUUUGUCUUUCUUUAUUAGAGGUAUUCGUUACAGGCUACCACUCAGGGAUCUCUGCGGGAUUUAUGGUUUUGAGAGAGACUUUACAGAAGUUGUACUUCCUGCUCAUUUUCCUACGGUGCAGGAUUUCUGGAGCCUGUUCAGAAACGGGCAGUGUGAUUCCAAGGCGUCUACACAGACAGAUGUUAGACAUCCGGUCCUAAGGUAUGUCACUCGUCUCAUUGGGCACACAUUUUUGUGCAAGAUGGAGCCUGGGAAGAUGAGGGUCACGGAGAUGGUCUUAUUGUACUUUGGAUUGAGAGACUUGAUUGCUGGAGUUUUUCCUAAGUCUAAGUUGGAUAGGCCUGUUAACAUGGGUGCAGUUUUCGCGCAUCAUUUGGUUUCCUUGAAGACCAAGCCUUUCACUGGAAAGGGGAAGAAGAUAGAGAGCGUUGGAAGUCUUUUGACUCCGAUCUUCAGGCACUUUAGGAUCGACCUAGAGAGUUGCAGGAUUGUUACUGACUGCCCUGUUAUGGAUGCUGAGUACAUGAUGCAUGCUCAGUGGAUGAAGAAGACUUUGUUGUGGUGUUUCAGUGACAGCAGAGGGGCACAUUUGGUUCAGUUGCCACAGGCUGAUCUUACUGACAUUGGAGAGGAUUAUCAUCAGCUUCAAUUUGAGCCUGACCCGUGUGACCUUGUCACUCAGCCGACCACUCGACGUCGCACUCCUCGUGCUGCUCCUACACCUUCUGAGGAGUUUACGACUACUAACUCUGUUGGGGGUAAACACAGAGCCUCUUUGUCUUCUGCCCUCCGUUUGAGUUUCUAGAACUUCCUGCAGCACCCAUGGAUCAAGACCCAUUCCAGCAGUAUGUUGUUGAGUGUCUCUGGAGUGUCUGGAAUUCUAUUGAUGGUUUAUCUUGUUGUGGGUGUGUUCGUCCAGUACGUCGUCGUUCACCUUCUCUAGAGGUACCACAUGAGCGCGGAUCCGAAGAUGAUGCGGCCUAGUUCUCCAUUUUAUCAUUGGUUCACAAUUUUCCUUUUUUUUCCUUUGAAUCAAUUUUUUAUUGCAGUGAGUCAGUUUGUUUUUUACAUUUUUUGCUUUGAAAUUUCUAUGAAUUAUGAACUAUUUGAAAUUUGUAUAGAAUUAUGAACUAUUAUCUAUAGUGUUGUGUUUAGCA